GACCACCUUCAGCAAAGCCUCACGACUCGAAAUGCAAUCUGCACCCACGACCUGAACAGAAAAGUCUCUUUCUAGUUCCCCUUCUGGGCUCUCGCUAGGCAUGUAAUUAUUCAUGGCGUCCUCCCAAAAGAAGCAACAGACUCUGUCUUCUUUCUUCAAGAAACCCUCUCAGCCUCCGUCUUCCCCUGUUCCACCUGUGGUCUCUCGUGACCUAGAUCAUGACGACGACGACGAUGAUGUUGUGAAGCCAAGCUCCAAGAGGCGAAAAUUCACACCUGCGAACGGCGAGCUGGUCAGCCCUCCCCUCCUAGAUGCAUCUCCAGCCGACCUCAAUAGAACUCUCAGACCUGUGGUGGCAAAUGGCCAUAAGUCGAUUGCUACAUCCUCACCAUCUGAUAGGACUUCUAGAUAUGUCUUCGACUCCUCGCCUCUUCAAGAAAACCAGAACGACACCACAGUAGACAGCUUUGAACAGAAGAAGAAAGACGAACUCCAUCUCAAGUUCGUCAGGAAGUUGGGCAAACCCGACAGCAUUGCAGAUAUUAAGAGACGCAACCGCUUUUUAGAGGAUAACUUUGAGGAGCAAGAUGACGAAGCCGACAGCGAUGCUGCGGAGGAACGACCCAAGCCAAUUGGCAAAGCAAAGCCUGCCAACAAGAAAUCUUCCACAAAGUUGACGCCUAUGGAGAAGCAGGUCAUUGAUAUCAAACAAAAGCACAUGGACACCCUCCUCGUGGUUGAAGUUGGUUAUAAAUUCCGCUUCUUUGGCGAAGAUGCUAGGGUGGCCGCAAAAGAACUCGGUAUUGUCUGCAUCCCAGGCAAAUACCGGUUUGACGAGCAUCCAUCCGAGGCCCAUCUCGAUCGUUUUGCUUCUGCGAGUAUCCCGGUCCAUCGUCUGCAUGUCCACGUCAAACGCCUCGUAUCCGCCGGUCAUAAAGUUGGAGUUGUCCGACAACUCGAGACCGCUGCACUCAAAGCGGCUGGUGACAAUCGCAAUGCCCCUUUUGUCCGCAAAUUGACAAACCUCUACACUAAAGGCACCUAUAUUGAUGAUAUCGAAGGACUUGAAGAGGCUAACAGAGCCAGUCCAGUCCCGCAGUCUCCCUCUACUGGAUUUUUGUUGUGCCUAACAGAAGUCAAUGUCAAAGGCUACGGCAACGAUGAAAAAGUUCACGUGGGAGUGGUGGCCGUUCAGCCUGCUACUGGUGAUGUUGUGUACGACGACUUUGAAGAUGGCUUCAUGCGCAGCGAGAUCGAAACUCGACUUUUACAUAUUGCACCAUCGGAGUUCCUGAUCGUGGGCGAGCUCUCUCGUGCUACAGAAAAACUCGUUCAGCAUCUUUCAGGCAGCAAAACGAAUGUCUUUGGUGACAAAAUCCGCGUGGAAAGAGUCUCGAAAGACAAGACUAUGGCAGCGCAAGCUCAUAGCCACAUUUCCAGUUUCUACGCUGAUCGACUUAAAGACGCUCAGAGCGACUCCACUAAAGCCAGCGGAAUCUUCGAUAAGAUCUUGGGUCUGCCCGAAAAUGUGUCCAUCUGUCUGUCCGCUAUGAUCAAACAUCUCUCAGAUUAUGGCUUGGAACAUGUGUUCCAGUUGGCCAAGUAUUUCCAACCAUUUUCAGCCCGUUCACAUAUGUUGCUCAAUGGCAACACCUUGACAAGCCUUGAGAUCUAUCAGAAUCAGACAGACUACUCGACGAAAGGCAGCUUGUGUUGGAUGAUGGAUCGGACGCAAACAAGGUUCGGUGGCAGACUUCUGCGUAAAUGGGUUGGCCGCCCGUUACUUGACAAGCAGAUCAUUGAAGAUCGACUCAAUGCGGUUGAGGAACUGAACGAUCCGGCGAAGUCAGUAGACGUUGAGAAGCUCAGACGUGUACUCUCCAGCUUAAGGACCGACCUCGAGAAAAGCCUGUUGCGGAUUUACUAUGGGAAGUGCACCAGACCUGAGCUCUUGAAUGUCUUGCAAUCAUUCCAGAUGUUGUCUGGAGAAUUUGCCCACAUUACAGGCGCAGAAUCUACAGGAUUUCGCUCUACGCUAAUCUCAGAAGCACUCACCCCCUUGCCGCUCAUCCUGACCGAGGUAGUCAAAUACUUGGACAUGGUUAAUCUCCAUGCCGCCAAAGAGGAUGACAAAUACAACUUCUUCCAGGAAGAGUUCGAGACCGAAAAAAUCACAGAGCACAGAUUCGGCAUCAUUAGCGUCGAGCACGAUCUUGACCAAUUCCGAGGUACUGCGGCAGAAAAACUGGGGAAGAAAGCUCCCGUCAAGUAUGCCACCGUUGCCGGUAUAGAUUAUCUGAUCGAGGUUGAGAACAGUUCGGCGACUAUCAAAAAGGUCCCUGCAUCGUGGGCAAAGAUUUCUGGAACCAAGAAAGUUUCCCGCUUUCAUCCACCCGAGGUUGUCAAAUUGAUCAGGGAACGGGACCAACACAAAGAGAGCCUUGCCGCUAAUUGUGACGCGGCUUAUAAGAAUCUCCUGGCUGACAUUAGCAACAAUUCCUACCAACGUCUCAGGGACACGAUCCAGUCUUUGGCAACAUUAGAUUGCCUUCUCUCUUUGGCCAAUGUCGCCUCUCAGCCGGGAUAUGUCCGCCCAAGGUUUACCGAUACAACGGACGUCGACAUAGCUGGCGCUCGCCAUCCAAUGGUGGAGCAGUUGCUCAUCGACGCCUAUGUACCCAACAACGUCAAUCUCUCCCAAAGUUCAACACGCGCCCUUCUCGUCACUGGUCCGAACAUGGGUGGGAAAUCCAGCUACGUCCGCUCAGUGGCUUUAAUUGUCAUCAUGGCGCAAAUUGGAUCGUUUGUUCCGGCCGACUCAGCAAGCUUGGGUAUCUUGGACGCUGUGUUCACGCGAAUGGGUGCCUUUGACAACAUGAUGUCAGGCGAAAGUACAUUCAUGGUGGAACUCAGCGAAACGAGCGACAUUCUCAAGCUCGCAACUGAUCGAAGCUUAGUGGUCUUGGACGAGCUCGGGAGAGGAACGAGUACGCACGACGGAGUUGCUAUUGCUGCUAGCGUGUUGGACUUUUUGAUCCGCGAAAAGAAAUGUCUAACUCUAUUCAUCACACACUAUCAGAUGCUUUCGCGCAUGGCUGAUGGCUUCUCAAAUGGCGAACUGAAAAAUGUUCAUAUGCAAUUUACAGAAGACAGGGAUGGGGAUGGCGAGAAGGUGACAUUCCUGUAUGAGGUGGGCGAAGGAGUUGCGCAUCGAAGCUACGGAUUGAAUGUGGCAAGAUUGGCCAAUGUCGGUGAAGGGGUUAUCGAUCUGGCUAGGGAAAAGAGUCGCGAAUUGGAAAUUGAGACGAAAAAGAGACAGCUGGCUGCUCUGGCUGGUUGGCUGACCGAAGAGAACGGAACAAUGGAGAAUAGGCUUGACGCUCUAGUGGAGGGCAUCGACGUCUUGUGA